CUUAAUAAUAAACUACUAUUGUACAUAAAACGCGGUGUAUACUGUAGCAUCGCUACUAAUCCAUGUGCUUUCUAUCUUGAUUGAACCAAGUAUUAUUAAAGAAUUAUGGGUCGUCGUAGACCAACAACACAAUGCAGACAGCAUAUUAAACCUGAAAUGAAACAAAACGAGUUGUUCGAAAAGUAUUAUAAAAAUCAAGGGAUCGUUCCUGAGAACGAGUGGGAGAGUUUCAUUAGUUAUUUGAAAAAAGAUCUGCCUAUUACAUUUCGGGUGACAGGAUUUCGAGAUCAAAAUAAAGAAUUAUUACGACUUAUCAAACAAAAAUACCGGAAGGAUAUAUCUGAAAUGCAACAUUAUAUGUGUGAUGAAAAAGGUCAAACUGAUGGUACUUUUGAACCGUUACCUUGGUAUCCGAAUGAAAUGGCAUGGCAGCUGAAUGUUAGUAAAUAUGCAGUUCGCAAAACAGCAGAACUCCGGACAUUGCAGCAAUUUCUAGUGUCUGAGACAGAGUCAGGUAACAUCAGUCGUCAAGAGGCUGUGAGUAUGCUGCCUCCACUUCUUUUAGAUGUACGCUCACAUCAUACUGUCCUUGAUUUAUGUGCUGCACCUGGAUCUAAAUCUGCUCAACUUGUUGAGCUGUUACAUUCUGAUGCUGAAAUAGUUCAAUCGAAAAUUAAUGCUGAAAAUGCUCUAAAGUAUGUAGAACCUACAGGAAUGAUUAUUGCAAAUGAUUUUGAUCAGAAAAGAUGUUAUAUGAUGGUUCAUCAAGUCAAGCGUUUACAAAGUCCUUGUGUUGUAAUCACUCAAGAAGAUGCUACAUGCUUCCCACGUCUGUACGUAACACUAUCACCAGAUGAUAAGACUAGUCAGAAAGAUUUACGUCAACUAAUGUUCGAUCGUGUUUUAGCAGAUGUACCAUGCAGUGGAGAUGGGACACUUCGCAAAAAUCCUGAUCUUUGGUUACGAUGGUCGCCUAACCUGGGCAUUGGUGAACAUCCUUUACAAUGUAGAAUUUUAAGGAGAGGUUUGGAACUUUUGCGUGAUCCAGUUAGCGAUUCUUCAAGCUAUUCUCGAUUGGUUUAUUCAACUUGUAGCUUUAAUCCUGUUGAAAAUGAAGCUGUUGUAGCCUCGAUGUUACAUGCAUGUCAGGGAGCGGUUCGAUUAAUUGAACCCAAUCUUAUGGAACAUAUAUUGUCAGAUUCUUCUGAAAAUAAAUAUUCAGGCAGACAGGAAUUUAAAUUUAGACCAGGUUUAAGCAGUUGGCGUGUAAUGGAUAAAAAAGGAGUUUGGUUUACAUCAUAUGAUGAAGUUCCUACAGGCCAACGGAAUUACAUAUACCCAUCCUUAUUUCCUCCAUCUAAUGUAGCAGAUCUACAUUUAGAACGUUGUAAACGUGUUUUGCCUCAUGAUCAAAACACCGGUGGAUUUUUCAUUGCUGUCCUAGAGAAAAUUGCUCCAUUACCUUGGAUGAAUGCUACAAAACGAGAACUUUCUGUAAAUAAUAAUAAUAAUAGUAAUAAUAAUAAUAAUAAUAAUCAAACUAACCAAACAGAUAAAGAAUUUGAAUCAAAAGAUGAUUUAAAACCUUCAUUUGUCGCUAAAAAGUCACGUAUCUUUCAUGAAAAUGGAUUCACUUAUAUCGAUUCUACCUUGGAUUCAAAUUGGUUAACAAUUCGGGAUUAUUAUAAAAUCAAUGACAAGUCAGCUUAUCCGGCGGAAUCCUCUUCAACGCUAUUUCGUGCAGAUAAUAUACUUUCACGGUCUAAUGGAGAAGGAAAUCGCUGUCGCAUUCUCUACUAUACAAAUAGUUUGAUCAAAAAUAUGGUGUCGACAAAUAGGGAAAGAGGUGUGAAAAUAGUGAAUACUGGCGUUCGAAUAUUUUCUUCAGUUGAAGAUAAACAAUUUGAAGGAUAUCGUUUAUUACAGGAUGGAAUUGAAGUAGUUGAUGCUUAUAUACCUUUGUCAAGUGAUCGUCGUAUUCGUCUUACACCAAAUGAAUAUUGUGAUUUAGUGUUACUUUUACAGCAUGAAAUGCCAUUGUUAAGUCUUAUGACUGAAUCAACACGUUGUCAAUGUGAAAAGAUAUCCUCUGGUCCAGUUUUAAUCGAUUAUACACCUAAUGUCACUGAUGACACAAAUGAUGACGAACCAUGGACAUGUGAUAGUUUGCCUCAUUGCAGACUUGUAUUUGCUGGUUGGCGUGGAGCUAAAAGUUUGAGACAUUAUAUUGGACGUUUUGAACGUUUACAUUUCAUGCGACUAGCCAACAUUGAACCUAGUCCAUGUAUCAUGGGACACACCGCGAAGGAAUCAGUAAUUCAUGAAAAUUCUGAAAUAACUGGAGAUACUGAAUAAUCAGCCUAUUUGUACAUUAUUUUGGAGAUCAAUACUAUGUACCGAUUCUUAUCAAUCAAGAUGUAAAACGUAUUGGAAAUAAAUCUACAAAUCUUAUGUUAUUUUUACAUCUGACUUAUUGUAAUUAUAAAAGUUCUUACUUGA